CUGUGACGUUAUGUUGUUAUGUAUACCAGCUGACAGGCGGAGAGCGGCGGAGUCUCGGUACGGCAAAGAAGAAGAAGAUCAAAAACUGAAAAAUCGUUCUGUGUCUACCCUCGUUUAACUGCUUUAUUUUUGAGCGAUUUAAUUUGGAACGAUAUUGUAACGCAGUGAAAUGGUGUCCAGAUGAGGAGCUCGGCUGCCUGUGUCGUGUUUCUGUACAGACAGACAGGCCCACAGCACACUGGCCUGCCGCUGCGCUUCAGCUGGAAACUGACAGCCAUCAUUACCACACUUUAACCCCGGCUAGUGGAAAUGGUCGGAGCUGUACGAGUCAGCACUGCGCCUCAGAUGAAGUAGUAGUGUCUGAAACCCGCGGGCAGUCUGCUGGAGGUCGUGUGAAGUUAGUGAGGGUGUAAACGGCGGCCCCCCUCGGAGCAGAGGAACGGCGUAGAAACGCUGGCCUCCAAUGUCACACAGCGGAGCCUCCACCAAAACACACACAAAAGCGAGCAAGUGAAUCCCCCAGAGGAACCAUGUGGUUAAAGCUGUUCUUCCUGCUUCUUUACUUUUUUGUUUUAUUCGUCCUGGCUCGUUUUUUCGAGGCCGUUGUGUGGUAUGAAACCGGCAUCUUUGCAACGCAGCUCGUAGAUCCGGUAACACUGAGUUUUAAAAAGUUGAAGACGAUCCUUGAGUGUCGUGGGUUAGGCUACUCGGGUCUGGCAGAAAAACGCGAUGUCAGAGAGCUGGUCGAAAACUCUGGAGAGCUGAUGCAAGGGGAGCUAUAUUCUGCUUUAAAAAAUGAAAAAGAAGAAACAGGUUCUGAUUCUAGCACUACUUUCAGUGGGGAGAUGCACUUUUAUGAGCUGGUGGAAGACACCAAGGAUGGAAUCUGGUUGGUCCAGGUAAUAGCUCAAGACAGAAAUCCUUUGCUGAGCACAGCCAACUGGGGCAAGAUGGUACAGAAAGUUUCUCAGUUUGGUAUUCGCACUGGAACUUUUAAUUGCUCGAACGACACCAGGUAUUGUCGUAAACGUGGCUGGAUGAAGUCUACUCUCAUCAUGUCAGUGCCACAGACAUAUGCUUCGAAAGGAAAGGUCAUGCUAAAAGAGUAUAAUGGCAGACGCAUUGAGACAGAACACAUCUUUAAAUGGAUGACCGCUCAUGUUGCCUCCCGCAUCAAAACCAUUCGUUUCUCACAGCAAUUGAUGGAUGACUGGUAUCAGAAAGAAAAGCAGCCUGUAAAAAUGUUCUUAUUUGCCAAACUGCUCCAGCCCCCUGCCUUCUUCUCAGCACUGAGUAUCAAAUUCACUGGGCGCAUAGAGUUCAUUUUCGUUGAUUUGCGCAACUGGGACAAUGCCUCUUGCUUGGAGGAGAUUGGGGUGCAGCAUAUGCCCUCAUAUAUUCUCAAAACACCAGAAGGUAUCUACAGAUACGGCAACAGCACGGGUGAAUUUAUUUCUCUGCAUGCCAUGGAUAUGUUCCUUCGGUCUGUUCAGCCGGAGGUAAAUGACCUGUUUGUUUUGAGCUUGGUUAUGGUUAACCUCAUGGCAUGGAUGGACCUUUUUAUUACACAAGGAGUCACUAUUAAGCGCUUUGUUGUACUAAUCAGCACACUGGGCACAUAUAAUUCUUUACUAAUCAUCUCCUGGCUUCCCAUCCUUGGUUUCCUUCAGCUGCCAUACCUGGACAAUUUUUAUGAGUACAGUCUUAAACUGCUGCGUUAUGCUGACACUACCACCAUUGCCUCCUGGGUCAGGUCGGAUUGGACCUUCUACUCUUCACACCCAGCUCUUUUCUUGAGCACGUAUCUAGCCCAUGGCCUCCUCAUAGACUACUUUGAGAAGAAGAGGAGAUGUGGCAAUGAAGACCAAAAUGCAAACAACCUGGAGUGGCUGUCCAGUCUUUGGGAUUGGUACACCAGUUACUUGGUACACCCUAUUGCCUCUUUUCAGAACUUUCCAAACGAGUCAGACUGGGAUGAUGAUCCUAAUUUCAUUUUAGAGCGGUUGGCAUUCCCAGAUCUCUGGCUUCGCCCACUUGUUCCCAUCGACUACAUCAAAAACCUACCCACCUGGAGGUUCAAGUGCACACAGCCACAGGGCAUAGUCACAGGAAGCCAAGAAAAUCAACCAAACAGGAUGGUACACCCAUCAGGCGAUGAACCAGAUGGUGGCCAGCAAGAACAUCACUACAGCUCAGAGAAUACUCAUAAUGAUGGUGGGGGGCUGACAGGAAUGAAGUUGGAGGAGUCCUGGGCUUCAGGGGAGGAACAGGACACUGAUUGGUCCCAUUGGCCUAGCGGCAUGCUUCACUGUACAGAAUGCGUAGUGUGUUUGGAGAACUUUGAAACCGAAUGCCUUGUCAUGGGACUGCCAUGUGGCCAUGUUUUUCACCAGCAGUGCAUCGUGGUCUGGCUAGCAGGUGGCCGACACUGCUGUCCGGUGUGCCGGUGGCCAUCCUAUAAGAAGAGACCAGCCAGACAACCUUAUGCAGAUUAUCCCUCUGAAUAGCAUAUGCCACUGGCUGCAGACCUGCUUCCCGCACUUAACUUAUAAAAUACUUGAUGUGUCCAUCAUUAGUCUGUAGAUCUGUAGAUUCAUGUUGUUGGCUCCUAUUUUUUUAAUUUCCUGUGGUUUGAACCUGCAUACACAUUACAGUAUAUAGGCCUUUGUGGACAUUAAGCCUCUGCAUGGACUAAAUGUUAAGUCAGUAUGUUGGACAAGUCUUUAGUCUAUGACAAAGGCUUAAUUUGUACUCAGAAAGCUGGUCUAAUAGGAACUUUAUUCUCCCUAACAUUAUUUAAAUCUGUGCUUGUCUGGAGGAAAGAAGAGAUUGGAAUUAAAUGCAUUGUAUUUAAAGAAUAGAUCUGAAAGUAAACUGGUAUGUUUUAAAUUCUAGAAUGGUAAGGCAUUGCCUGCUGUCAUAAUGUCUCCUUUGUAGUUCUUAAAACAAAACAAAACAAAAACAAAAACAAAAUCUGCUAAAAGUCUUCUGUAUCAGAGCUCCAUGUACAUCUUUAUUGUGUCUUCAGUUUAUAAAUGUGAAGAAUUGCAGUGUAAAAUUGAGCUUCUUUACUUAAACCAAGCAUACCCUAUACAUUCUAUCUCUCUGGAGCUGGACUGGCUCCCCUACAUGUGGUUAAAUUAAGAGCAAAGGGCACGUCAAAGUUAGCUUGACUGACCAAGCAACUGAAGUGGAAGUCCAAGGUAGGGGUUUGUUUACACAGCAAAGAGUACAUUAAAUGCCCUAGAAGAAGUUCAGUGACUCAAAGCAAUUUGAUUCCACUGCAUCCACUGACCUUAAAUCAUACUUGAAGGUAUAUAUGAGCAUUUAUGAGAAGAGGGAGACAAUGGCCAGCUGCAUGGACUGACCAACAUAACUUCAGAAUUAAUGAAAGUUUUGCAUUUUAUGUGUAGAUACAAAACAACACAUGGACUGACCCAACAGUUGAAAGGAUUUUGACCUGGGCAGACUACUCACAUACCUUGAGCAAUGUUUAGGCUAACAUUAUCUCAGUUGUGUAGUAUAAUAUUUUGCUUAAGUGCAAAGCUUGAAAGGGCAUUUAUAAAGUAUGAAGUUUUUAAAUAUACACCUCUCGGCAUGUAUAUCUGAUAUUUAUUGUAAACAUUGAACAUUUGAAUAAGACUCACUGAGACCAGACAAGCUGGCGUGCAUCCCAGGCAAAAUGACUGACUGACAUUGACAUGCUAAAGCUUUUGGUUCCAACUGACUAAAUUGCCGUUUCAUGGAGGCAUGACACUUUCUUUGCCCCCUCUGGCCAGGAUUAUUGCAUUGUAAUAACACUACUAAUGACUUUAUUCCGCUAAAAUACUUCAGCUCUUUGUGUGAAUUGGAAGCUUACAUCAGAGCUUCUGUCUCUUGUGAUGUUCAGUUCAUUAAAGUUUAAUUUUUACAUGGGUCAUCUGA